CUCACGCAGCACGUACCGUGCGUCUGACGUCAAUCGGUGUUCAUCUCGUCCCUCCUUCGAUUUGAGCGCAGAGCAGCUAACUGAAAGCUAACUAGCGAGCUGAGCGCUAACAGACUCAUUUCAUAUUUGUUCACAGAUCUCUGAACUUCGGGUUGUAUAAGAUCUGAUUCUGCGUCGUGUCAAACAGGAUAUUUCCUCCCCUGAUAAUCUGAGAGGGAGUUUCCUCCUCGCUCCGGGAGAAAACACAGAGCCAUGUACAAUGGCAUCGGCCUGACGACUCCUCGGGGCAGCGGCACUAAUGGAUACGUGCAGCGGAACCUGUCCAGCCUGCGGGUCAAGCGGCCGCGGGACGAACGAGGAGGCGAGCGGGAUGAGAAGGACCGGGAGAGGCUUGAGAGUCAGCUCAACAGGCAGCCCAACGCUGACAUCCUGGAGCACCAGAGGAAGAGGCAGCUGGAGGUCAAGUGUGCCGAACUGCAGGACAUGAUGGAGGAGCAGGGGUAUUCAGCCGAGGAAAUCGAGGAGAAGGUGAACAGUUUCCGUAUGAUGCUCCAGGAGAAAGAGGAGCCGGCUCCCGCCGCAAAUGAGAGACCAACGGCCACAGAGACUCACGCUCUGGCUGCUGCAAACCAGCAGAAGAAUGACCGCCUCCGAGCUGCCUUCGGAAUCUCCAGCGACUACGUGGACGGCUCGUCCUUCCACGCUGACCGCAAGGAGAAAGAGAAGGAGAAGAGAGAGCAGGAGCGCCUGGAGAAGGAGAGGCUGCAGCAGCAACAGCAAUAUACGUUGGUGGAAGAUUCGGACGAUUCAGAGUCUCCUCCCAAGAAGCGCAGUCGAAAGAAGAAGAAGAAGAACAAAAACAGGGACAGUUCAGAGAGCGCCUCCUCGUCUCCUCGGCGAGAGAAGAAGAAAUCCAAAAAGAAGAAAAAGAAACGUGAGGUCUCUGGAGAUGAGGACGAGGAGAGCUCUUCAGACGAGAAGCAGAAAGUGUCAAAGAAGAAGGGAAGAAAGAACGACGGUUCCAGUCCUCCAAAAGCAAAGGCCGUGCAACGCAGGAGUGUCUCCUCCAGCUCCGCCCACAGCUCGUCUCCAGCUCCUCCUCCGAGAUCACGCCAGCAGGAGAAGCAGCAAGAACAAGCUGCAAGGAAAACUGAUGAAGGAAGAAAAGGAAGAUCCCCGGACAGGAGGAGGCGGGGCUACGAGGAGCAGAGUCCACACCAUCAUGGAGGCGAAGGGAAGAGGCCAAACUUUGAGAGAGAAAAAGAACCACAGAGGGAGCUGGAGAAGACCUCCAAGAGGAGACAUGACUCCUCAUCCCCCUCUCCUCCUCCGCCAGAGAAGAGCAGAGAGGCGGAGAAAGGGAGACAACCUGGAAGCAAACCGAAGGAGAGCGAGAAGAGGAGGCGUUCAAGGAGCGUAGAAAACGAAACAGACCGGGGGCGACGCUCCAGAAGCAGAGAGAUGGAGAAAGGGGGACUCUCGAAGAGCAAAGAAGACGAGAGGCAGAGAGGGAGGAGGUCAGUGAGUGUAGAAGUAGAGAAGGGAAGGAGAUCGAGGAGCAAAGAAAACAGGAGGGAGAGAGGGAGGAGGUCCAGGAGCAGGGAAGUGGAGAAAGGGAGGAGGUCUAGGAGCAGGGAGGUGGAGAAAGGGAGGAGGUCUAGGAGCCGGGAGGUGGAGAAAGGGAGGCAAACAAGGGGCACAGACAUGGAGAAAGGGAGGACGUCCAGGAGCAGAGAUAUGGAGAGAGGGAGGAAAUCAAGGAGCAGGGAAAGAAGGGACAAAGGAAAGGAGAGUGUUCCUCAGAGGACCAGACAUGACUCCUCCUCAUCUUCCUCUCCCUCUCCUCCUCCUCCUCCUCCGAAACAGGAUGUGAGGAGAGAGAGGAGUAGAGAAAAAGACAGAAACAAGCAGGAGAGAAAGACAAGACAUGACUCUUCAUCCCCCUCUCCUCUGCCUGAGAAGGAAAGGCCAAGGCAGGAGAGGAGUGGAGAGAGGGAGCGCAGGACUGAUAGAGACGCACCCUCUCGGGGUCAGAGUGAAUGGGACACCAGGAGAGAAGGGGGGAGGAGGCAGGAGAGAGAGGGGUCUCCUUACCAGCAGAAGAACGACAGAAGAAGGGAAGGACCGCCGCCCCGUGGUUCUGUGUCACCUCCUCCUCGCUCUCCUGUCGCCACGGGGCGUCAGAGAGAGAGGGAUGAAGAGAGGAGGGGAGAGGAGAGGGAGCGGCCUCAGAACAAGACGAGGGAACACGACAGAGAGUCGGUUCAAGACGGAGGCAGAAAGAGAGAGGAGGCCGUCCGAGCGUCUGCAGAGCGCCGGAGAGAUGGAGGGAGGACUUCAGAGAAAGGAGAUACGAACGCCAGGAAGGAGGAGACGAGGAGCCCGCCGAGGAAGGAGAAACCUGCGGCCAAACAGGCGGAGAAAAGGAAGGAGAGCAGCAGCAGCGGUAGCAGCAGUAGUGGUAGCAGCAGUGACAGUGAUAGUGAUAGCUCCUCUUCCUCUUCUUCAUCCUCUUCUUCAUCCUCCUCUUCCUCUGAAGAUGAAGGGAAAGGAGGGAAAAGCAAGGAAGCUGGCUCGACCGGUCGGGACAAAAGCAGCCCCCCGAAAAACGCCAACAUGGCCAUCGGUGCGGCGGUCCAGAGGUAUCUGGCCAACGGGAAAAAGGAGAGUCCUUCAGCUGCGUCUGAGGGAGAGCGGCGGGCUCAGAAAGAGAGGGAUGAAGGAGGAGACAAACGAGAGAGGGAGAGAGGCUCCCACAGAGCUCCCACAGAGAGAGGCUCCUCCAACACCAGAGGACAGGAGCGCUACAGCCCCUCACAGAUGGACAGCCCCAGUCCUCCUCCGUCCUCCCCGCCAAAGAGAGCCGAACCGGGCAGGGGCAGCAGCCGAGUCUCCCCGUCUGAGCCCGAGGCAGAGAAGACCAGGACGGAGUCUAGAGUCAGUGAAAGAGAGAGAGGGCGUGAGAGAGAGGCAGCCAGGAGGCCUGUGAGGUCCAGCCCUCCAGCUAGAAGGGUUUCACGCUCCCCUCCUCAGAAACCGGCCUCCCCAGCACGUCGCACUCCACCACGGCAGUAUCAGGAACCCCCGUCCCGAUCCAGGACAGCAUCUCCACCGAUGGCCAGGUCAGACCGCGACAGAGAGAGGCUGAGGGACCGAGAGAGGGACAGAGAACGGGACAGAGAGAGGGACCGAGAGAGGGACCGAGAGAGGGACAGAGACAGAGAGAGGGAGCGGGUUACCAGGAGGAGCAGGAGCAGAAGUCCAAGGAGGAGAAGCCCACCCAGCAGGUUGCGUCGCUCUCCGUCUCCACAGCGCAGGAGGAGAACCAGUCGCUCCUUGUCCAGAGAGCGAGCGAGAGAAAGGGAACAAGAGAGGAUGAGACAGAGGGAGUUAGAACAAGAGAGACAGAGAGAGAGGGAGAAGGAGAAGGAGCGUAUUCCACCAAAAGAAGCUCCUAAACCCAGCAGGUCCUCCUCAUCAUCCUCCUCUUCCAGCUCCUCCUCUUCCUCUUCAUCCUCUCCUUCUCCACAGCGAGAGAUUAAAGACACGAAAGCACCGACAGAGAGGAGAGACGAGAAGAGGGAGGACAGAGAGGAGAAGAGCCGCUCCUCGUCUUCACAGCGACCGUCCAGAGACUCCUCUCAUGCUCCGGCAUCAGGUCAAAGAGGACCGCCGUCAGAUCCACGGCGCUCUGAAGUGGCCUCCAGGAGGUCUCCGGCUGCCAGCCAAUCAGAAAGCAAACAGCCGUCACGUGGUCCAAGCAGGAAGGAGUCCCCGGCGCCCGCCCCUAAACCGUCAGACCAAACCGUCAGGGGUGAGAGCGCGGUGAACGGGAAGGAAGCAAGCGCCAACAAAGUAACCAAAAGGGUCAGCAGCUCCAGUUCCAGCUCUUCGUCCUCUUCCUCCUCUUCCUCCUCCUCUUCAUCUUCCUCCUCGGACAGCUCUGACUCGGAGGCGGAGCCAGGGAAGGACAAAGCAGUCAAAGCUCCAAGCUCAUCUUCAUCCUCCUCUUCAUCAGAGAACGAGAAGGAAACAAAGAAUAACAGCCCGGACAGACCUGGGAGGGUGCCGGCCGACUCGCUGAGAGAUUCCCGCUCGCUCAGUUAUUCUCCUCCAAGGUACAUGAGAGCAGCGCCGACCUCACAGAGCCGCAGGACGGGCAGCCGUCAGUCGCCGAGCCGAACGUCCAGCAGCAGACGGAGAAAAUGAGACGCCACCUCCUCGACACGCUUUACUUUCCCCUCUCUGAGUUAUUUCACCGCUCAGCGCCCGGCGGUUUAAACUGGACUACAACACGGACUAGAAGAGAUCCAACUGUGAAUGUCAGUGCACUGGUUCUGAGCCGCAGCACAACUUCUCAACCAUGUUUGUUUGAAGCAGCGACGGCCCCGAGGCCGGCUUAUACAGGAACGUGCACGCCACGUUCACCAUCAGUGACAUGUAACUCUAAUGAUUCUCCUCUGUGCUUGUUCUGUUGGUUGCAUUCUACCUGUAGAUAUGAGCUGUCUGUGUUCUGGUUCUGACCAUGUAACGGAUGUAACAGGAACUGAAAUGUGAUUAAUUUCUUUGUUGAAAUGGUUAAUAGUAAUAAAACACAUUGUACAUUUUA